UUGAUCAUUCAUUAUGGCUACGGUGAGAUUGGAAUUUUCUUUGCCAAAGAAGUUGCAUUCUACUGUCAAGAAAGUUGACGAUACGACCAAAACUACGCUAGAUCACGUUAGAAGGAUUCAUAUCGAUCAUGAUUACCUGAAACAUAGUUCUCCUAGUGAAACAAACAACCAAAAAACAGCGAUAGUAGACGAGACCACACAUGCUUGUGACGGGGAGGUAAAGAGCAACAUUCAAGGCAGUUUUGUAACAUGUGGUUCACGCGAUGUUAAGGAUGGAAGAGUGGGAGAUUUUCCAAAUGAAGGUAUUCAAGCAAGUGAUUUGUGCAGUCUUUUGGAUAAGUUUGAGGAAGCUUUUGGCAACUCACCUAGUAUCCUAACUCCAGCGACUUCACCAAGACAUUCUGAGAAUUAUAAAGAACCUCUUAGCUUGAAAAUAAACUCACAUGUCAAUACAACAGCAUUGACUCCCCCAACUACGCCACCAGUACAAGAACACGCAGAUCAAAAACUCCUGCCAAAUGAUUGCAAACCGUCAACAAAAGCACAGAAGAAAACAAGUGAAUUACUAGCCAAGAAAAUCACAUCUGGUAAAAAAGAAGCAUUGACUAAAAAGGCUAUGAAAGUGCAGCAAAAAACUACUGGAAAUGGCAGUUCAAAAGUUGCUACAUUGUCAGGGGAAAAAGCUAAAGAAAUUAAUUGUGGUAAAAGAAAGAGUAAUGACUCAAUCCCUGGCAGUAAGGACACAGUUUCCUCUGCGAAGAAAGUUAAGGUGCUUGCAGAAAACGAAAAUAAGAUACUUUCUAAAGUUUGCCAAGAGAAAAAAAUUGAACUGACUCAAAGAAAAGAUAAAGUAGAUGUAAGCUCAGCGAAGACAGUCGAAAAUUCUGUUGAAAAGGCUAAUAAUGAAACAUUGAAAAAAGUAACUUGUCCGAAUGCUGUUAAUUUGAUCAAAGAGAAGGCAUCUGAAUUGAGUAAAAGUGAGAAGAACAUUGAACAUUCAAAUGAUGUGCAAGAGAUGUUGGGUGAUAAAAAAUGUUCAAAUGUUAGUGAGGUGAAUGAAAAGUGUCCUGAAGAUAUAAACAAUGUCGAUGAUGAUGAAUCACAGAAUAAUGAUAGAAAUUACCAAAAAAUUGAAAUUGAAAGAACUGUGAAUAAUAAUAAUGAGGAAAUAACUGAAGAAAAAAUACAAAAAGGUGAACGUAAGGAUCAUAGAGAUACGAAUGGCAGAGAUGAAGAUAACAGGAGAAAUAGAAGAGACACCGAAGAUACAAGAGGAAAAAGCGAAGAUUGUUAUGUACAAUACAAAGAUGAAGGAAGAAAGAGGAAACACAGCCCCAGGUCAAGAUCCAUAUCAUCUGAUGAUGAUGAUGAUGACAGUAGCGCUGAUGAAAGAUCAAAUCCUCGGAAGUCUGAACGAUACCAGAAUACAUCAAGACAUUCUGAUGGUGGAAGAAGAGAAAAACACAGAAGAUAUCAUUCAAGGGAUGAUGGGAGAUAUUCAGACGAUGAAAGAGUACGGCAUAGGAAUGGUGAUCAUCACCAUGACGAUCGUCACCACAGCAAGUAUGAGAGAAAGGACAGGAAAUAUUUUAGAGAUAUUGAACAAGAAAGAAAAAUUAACUUUAGAUUGGGAAGAUCGAAUAUCAGAGACAAUGCCAAGGGAGAAAGAAGAGUGAUCUAUGUUGGGGGUCUACCAUAUGGAACAACUCGCGAUGAAUUGCGAGAUAGAUUUAGGAAAUUUGGUCCAAUCGAGAAAGUCACUGUACACUUGCGUGUUGGAGAACGCGAUAAUUAUGGUUUUGUGACCUUCUUUGAGCCAGAAGAUGCCCUUGAGUGUGUUGAACGGGGAAACUCAGAUCCAUCGAAACCACAUUUUGACUUGUGUUUUGGUGGAAGACGGCAGUUUUGUGGUGGAAGUUAUGUUGAUUUUGACUCGACUAUGAGCAAUAUCGAGGAAAUGACUGAGACAUGCGGAAAGGUUGACGAUGACGCGUCUGGGGACGAUGAUUUUGAUUCACUACUGCGCAUGUGCCAGAAAGGGCUUGGCCGGUAAAGUUUUCCCAAUGCUGGGCACUUUUCAAAAUGGUUUGUGUGAUUUGAUGACACUUGAGUACUAUUGAUUACACUGGAGUACAAAUAAAUACAAUUGACUACACCUAGGUACGAUUGGUCACAAUAGAGUACAAUUGAUUGCACAGUUCCUACAGUCCCACUUGUGUCCUUCACGAGUCGAAUUUGAGUCAAAUUCUCCUGCGCAAUGCGAGAUCGUAAAAUUAAUUUUGAAGCGGUUUGAUAGUCUGUCUGCCUACGGCUUCAAUAAUUAUUUUUGCAAUUUGAUUUGGAUCCAAAUUAAUAAUUCAUAUAUUUCACUACACGUCCUGAAUAAAAUAAUGUAAUUUACAAUUCUCUAGAAAGCUGUCUGUGUUAGUAUUUUUACUAUGGUGCUUACUACUCUGAUAUUGUUUGCGUAUAAAUAUUGCUCUAAAUGCUGAUUGUUGAAACGUAUAUAGUGUAUUGUUAAAACUCGUAUGGUUUUCUUGUUGUAAAUGGUUUACGAAUUUU